CCUCGUUUUAGCAGUUAACUGGGGAAACAUUAAAAAUCGUCUGUCAGCAGUCCAGUAAAAGUUCGUGUUUCGCGCCUUAACCAGAGAGUUUUGCUGACAACGAAAGUACCAGAUAAAAAUACGAAGAAAUUUUAUAAAUUUUAGCGCAAAUUUUAAGUUAUCAAAGCUCGACGAUAAAUACAAAGAUAGAAGAUGAACAGACAUCAACAGUACAUUCCUGGACUGACGCUCAGGCCAGAAGACCCAGACAAAAAUGCAGUUCCAGUUCAUGAAGAACAGAAACAAAAAUGCCCUAGAGCGCUCGAAAAGGAAUAUAAGUCUGGUCGUAAGAAUCCUGUUAUGUGUAUCCACGAACUGGCAUCAGUUUUGAAAUUAACGUUGGAAUUUAAGCAAGUCAGCUGCACUGGGACCAAUAUGGUGAUGGGAGCUUUUGCAGUACAGUGCACACUGGAUGGAGUUGCCUAUCCACCAGGCUUAGGUAGCAACAAAAAAGAUGCAAAAGCAGCUGCAGCAAAGAAGGCUAUGGAUGCUUAUCUGGAAACUGAAACUUUUACUCCUGCAGACAAGAGAAAAAACAGCAAUCAGUCAUCCACCAAUGUUGCUGUUAAAGCUGAAUCUCUAAGAUGUGCGGGGAAGGAACACAAAGAAAAUACAUCUGCAAAUGUGUUGUCACUUGAACCUGAACAAGCUUCAGCAGACAAAUUUGCACACAGAGUUAAUUCAGUUCUGUUUGAAAUUAUCGACCAGAAAUAUCCUAGACUGUAUGAGCAUUCAUUUGAAAUUGCAGGCUUUGUUGUGAAAAGAACAGAAAAUGAUGAAGGAGAAGUGGUAGCUGUUGCAACAGGAUCAGGUGGUGUCACAUCAUCAAAUAUUUCAGUGGAUGGAAGAGUUCUUAUUGAUUCUCAUGCUAUGAUAAAGGCCCGCAGAGCAUUGAUAAAAUUUCUUUAUGCUGAACUGAAAACCUAUUACAGUGGCAAAAGAGCGGCAUCCAUCUUUGAUAUAUCUGAAAAUUCUAAUCUUCUCUGCUUAAAGAAGAACGUCUCCAUUCAUCUUUACAUUAGCAGCCCUCUGGCUGGUGACUACAGGGAAAAUCUCCAGAGAGGGCCCAGUCACCCUCUCUCAGAGGAACAGAAAAAUAAUGUAGAACAAGGGGGCCAUUAUCCUUUUUUUCAAGAUGGACAGCCACAUGGAUUUAUGUAUGUGUGUAAAGAAGACGGGGGACUUGACACCGUGUUCGCAGCUCAAGCUCCUAGAGUUCAGGAGUUUCAAACAGCUCCAAGUCCUGGGUCUUCCUUAGGUCACCUUAUAAUGUCUCCCAGUGAUAAGCUUCUCCGUUGGAAUGUUCUUGGGCUGCAGGGCGCUCUGCUGACAUGUUUUAUAGAACCAGUAUAUUUGAGCUCCAUCACUGUUGGUGAAGGUUUUGAUCAUGGCCACUUGUGUCGGGCAUCCUGCUGUCGCCUGUAUGAAACAAUAUUUGAGGAUCUUGAGGCGCCAUAUACAGUUAACCAUCCACAGCUCAGUGGAGUGACUUUCAGAGUUCAAGAUCAUUAUCCAGUGGAGGGCCCACCCACUUCUGAGGGAAUCAACUGGUGCUCUUCUGACCCAGAGAAAGUUGAAGUCACUAGCUCUUUGACCGGAAAGGCUGUGCCAAACUCCCCCUACAAGUCUGGUUCAACUUUGUCAAGUCAUUUGUGCAAAGCAGCCUUCCUAGCACGGUUCAGAGAAAUGGUGAAGAUUAGCAAGAAACCAUUUUUAGAAGCAAGGGGCUACAAAGCUGCCAAGCAAGGCUGCAUAAUGUUUCAAGCUGCAAAGCAAGCUCUGUGUAAACAUAUUGAAGCAGCUGAGAUUGGACACUGGGUUCACAUGGAUCCAAAAGUUGAAUUAUUCGAAAAAUGAUGAUUUGUUGCUAUGUGAAGAAUUCAGUAUUUUAAUUCUGAUAAUGUUUUAACAAUAAAAGUAUUUUAAACUACA